UAAACUAGCGGAGUAUGAAUACGCCCUUCGAGCCGAGAAAUGGACGGCCGCGCUAUCGAUGCUUCCGAUUCGGAGAUGGUGGCGGCCGAUAGCGUCGCGGAGCUUUGCCUACUUCUCCCGCUCUCCCAUUGCGGGGACGGUGGCCUACUAUUCCACCGCUUCCCACGGCACUGGCACCAAGAGGGUCGGCACUCACAACGGCUGCUUCCACUGCGAUGAGGCCCUUGCUUGCUUCAUGAUCCGCCUCACCGCCAAGUUCUCCGGCGCCGAGAUCGUUCGAACCAGAGAUAUCCAGCUUCUUGAUACACUAGAUGCUGUGCUUGAUGUUGGCGGUGAAUAUGAUCCAAGUCGCGACCGUUAUGAUCAUCACCAAAAAGGAUUUAAUGAGGUUUUUGGCCGUGGUUUUGUUACGAAGCUCAGUAGUGCUGGACUUAUUUAUAAGCAUUAUGGUGAGGAGAUAAUUGCAAAAGAGCUUCAACUUGACAAGGGGCACAAGAAUGUCCAAUGCCUAUAUCUUGCUGUAUAUAAAAACUUUAUUGAGGCGAUAGAUGCCACUGAUAAUGGGAUCAAUCAAUAUGACAUUGAUCAGCCUCCAAAAUAUGUCAAUAAUACAUAUCUCUCUUCAAGAAUUGGUCGUUUGAACCCCGAGUGGAUAGAUCUUGACCAAUCAUCUGAGAAGGAGAAUGCAGCUUUUCAUCAAGCAAUGAUGCUUGCUGGUGGUGAAUUUUUAGCGAGCAUUUCGUUUUAUGCUAGGUCAUGGUUACCUGCGAGAUCUAUAGUGAUUGAAUCUUUGGAGGCAAGAAGCAAUGUAGAUCCAAGUAGUCAAAUUUUGCUUUUGAAAAAAUUUUGUCCUUGGAAUCUUCACCUGCUUGAUCUGGAAAAGGAACUAAAAAUCAAUCCUCUCAUCAUGUUUGUUAUUUAUCAGGACGAACGGACGAAAAUUUGGCGAGUGCAAGCCGCUCCAGUUUCUCCAGAAAAAUUCGACUGCCGAAAGCGUCUCCCCGAGCCAUGGAGGGGCUUCGAAGGUGAUGAGCUCUCGGAGAUUACCGGAAUCCCUGGCUGCGUUUUCGUCCAUAUGGCUGGCUUUAUGGGCAAAAAUCGAACUUACGAAGGAGCAUUGGCAAUGGCUAGAACUGCUCUACGGUCAUCAUCUAGCUACUGCACUUUUUGAUAUCUAAAUUGUUAAAUGAUCAAAAUCAUAAAACUGAUUUAUUUUAGUUAGUCAAUCUGUUGGAUAAUUUUCUAAAGUAAAAAUAAUGAAUUUAACUUAAUUUCUACAAAACUAA